CAGGAGGAGUGGCGUCAUCAUGGCCUCGAUCUCGCAGUGGUACGCGGGGAAGAACGUGCUGAUCACCGGAGCCACGGGCUUCAUGGGGAAGGUGCUGGUGGAGAAACUGCUGCGCUCCUGUCCGGACGUCAAAGCCCUCUACAUCCUCGUCCGGCCCAAGGCGGGUCAGUCCAUGUCCGAGCGAGUCCAGGACAUGAUGAAGUGUAAGCUGUUCGACCGCGUGCGUGAGGUUAAUCCUGACUUUCAUCAGAAGAUCAUCCCCAUCAGCAGCGAGCUCACGGAGCCCGGCCUGGCCAUCAGUCCAGAGGAUGUACAAACACUCACUUCCUGUAUCAACAUCGUCUUCCACUGCGCCGCCACCAUCCGCUUCGAUGAGCCCCUGAAGCAUGCGCUGCAGCUGAACGUCAUCGCCACGCAGCAGCUCCUCUCUCUGGUGCAGCAGAUGCAGCACCUGCAGGCCUUCAUCCACAUCUCCACCGCUUACGCCAACUGCAACCGCAGACACAUCGACGAGGUCAUCUACCCUCCUCCGGUCGAGCCCAAGAAACUCAUCGACUCUCUGGAGUGGAUGGAUGACAGUAUCGUCUGUGACAUCACACCCCAUCUGAUCGGUGACCGGCCCAACACUUACACCUACACCAAAGCACUGGCCGAGUGUGUGGUGCAGCAGCAGAGCGGCAAACUCAACAUCGCUAUCAUACGACCGUCUAUCGUGGGAGCCAGCUGGCAGGAGCCGUUCCCCGGCUGGAUAGACAACUUUAAUGGACCAAGUGGUGUUUUCAUUGCUGCUGGGAAGGGCAUCCUGCGCACCAUGAGAGCCAGUAAUGAUGCGGUGGCUGAUCUGAUUCCUGUAGACGUGGUUAUAAACCUGACGCUGGCCGCCGGCUGGUACACCGCGGUGCACAGACCGAAAACUGCACUCGUGUACAACUGCACAACCGGAGGCAUUAACCCUUUCCACUGGGGCGAGAUCGAGCAUCACGUGAUGUCCACGUUCAAGAGGAAUCCUCUGGAACAGGCUUUCCGUCGGCCAAACGCUAACAUCACCUCCAAUUACCUGAUCUACCAGUACUGGAUCCUCGUCAGUCACAAGUUCCCCGCACUCAUCUAUGACCUGUUCCUCCGACUGUCCGGACAGAAACCACAAAUGAUGCGCAUUUUCAACCGUCUGCACAAAGCCAUCGGUCUGCUGGAGUACUUCAGCAGUCAGGACUGGGAGUGGAACUCCGACAACAUGAACAUGCUGAUGAGUCAGCUGAGCGCCGAGGACAGGAAGACCUUCAACUUUGACGUUCGUCAGCUGAACUGGCCCGAGUACAUCGAGAAUUACUGUAUCGGCACCAAGAAGUACGUUCUGAACGAGGACAUGUCAGACAUUCCCGCCGCCAGACAGCACCUGAGGAAGCUGAGAAACAUCCGAUACACGUUCAACACGGUGCUGCUGGUCUUCAUCUGGCGCGUCUUCAUCGCUCGCUCUCAGAUGGCCAGGAACAUCUGGUACUUCGUCGUGAGUUUGUGCUUCAAGUUCCUGUCCUACUUCAGGGCUUCCAGCACUCUGACCCAAUGACCGGAGCAACAGGAAGUGUGUGUCCUUAUCCUCCGAGCACUUCCUCUUCCAGAGGUGUCUUCAACCAUUCUCACACACACACACACACACACAGGUGUUUCUUUAGCUUUCCUCACCGGCCGCUCGCUCCACCUGACUCCUCCAUGUGCUGUUUUUAAAGAUGUUUACUUUUAUAACGACUGUCCUUAAUACCGAUUAUAUAUGCAACUGCAUUUUACAGUUUCUCCUUUACAUUCUUGUCACCAUCCAAAAUCCAGAGAUGCUGCCUUUGUGUCUUCUGAUGAUUUUAGCCUUCUCGACUACAGACAGUGUUUCGGACCACUGGACCACCGCUCAAAGCUUUGCUGUUUUCAGCCAUUUCUCUCUCUUUGCGAGUGUGUGUUUGUCUCUUAACGGUUCGUUUGUGUCCUGUCUGUUCUAAUACCGUGUAAUCAAGCCGGAAAACUCUUUCGGUUGGUGUUUUGUGUUUUUUUUCUUGUUUAGUUUGCUGCGUUCGGAGGGAAAGGCCUGUGAACUCCAACAGAUCUGAUGCAUUUAUAACAUCACACAUAUUUUUUUGCCAAGUCAUCGCUUGCUCAACUGUAUAUCCACCAGUUUAAUCAUAAACACUCAAAAUCAAAAGAAAAAAAAGUCUUUUCAUGAAGAAAAUGCAGCCUAUUUUUAAGGAACUAAAAUAGUUCCUAAAAUUACAUUUUCAUGACAAUUAAGCACUUUUACCACCAAAUUGAAUGCAUUUUUAACGAUUCUAGAAUUAUUCUA